AUGAAGUACCAGAACUCGAACCGGAAAGUUGGUUAUCGCGACCCUGAGGGGCUCCAUGGACCGGCUAUUGCCCUUAAAACUUUUAGCAGCUUGCAGAGCCUACGGUUUGCCUGCAUCAACGCCGCGGAGCUCUGGAAACUACAUUACCCACAAUCCUUUGAGCCGAGUGACAACAGGCUGGACCAAUGCACUCUGAGAAAGGCCUUUUCGGGGCUUGGACCGCAAGCUGCGGGCAAGACUACCCACAUCUCUGCCAAGCGGUCCUUUGGGGUGCUGAAGUCGAGUAGUUCUCCUCCCGAGCACUUGCCCCACACUUGGGAAAGGCCUGGUGCUGACGCUCAGGAAAAUAAGCGCAGGAUCAAGACUCAGUAUCAUGACGUGAACAUCUUGGUAGAGUUGGUGGGCGUCACAGAGGGCUGUGUGACCUGUGAGGGCGUGGCUGUGUACUUCUGCCAGGAAGAAUGGGAGCUCCUGUAUCUCGACGCCAUGCUGGAGAACUUUGCACUUAUAGCCUCACUGAGUGAGAGAGCUCACACUGAAGAGAGGCCUUAUGAAUGUAGGCACUGUGGGAAAUCCUUUAGCCAAAAGGCCACACUUAUACACCAGAGACUUCAUACAGGAGUAAAGCCCUCCAAGUGUGGUGAAUGUGGAAAGUCGUUCAGUCAGAGCUCCAACCUUAUUGAACACUGCAGAGUCCACAGCGGAGAAAGGCCUUACGAGUGUGGAGAGUGUGGGAAAGCCUUUGGAUGCAAAUCCAAUCUCGUCCGGCAUCAGAGAACACACACAGGGGAGAGACUGGAUGAAUGUGACAGAUGUGGGAAGCUGUUUAGGCAAAGCUUCAGCCUCGUCGAUCAUUGGCAAAUUCACACCACGACGAGGCCAUGUGAGUGCCACCAGUGUCAGAGAUCCUUCAGUCAAAAAGCCACUCUCAUUGUACAUCAGAGAGUCCACACCGGAGAAAGGCCAUACAAGUGUGGCGAGUGUGGGAAAUCCUUCAGCCAAAGAGCUACCCUCAUCAGACACUGGAGAAUCCACACAGGAGAAAGGCCUUAUGAGUGUAGGGAGUGUAGGAAAUUCUUUAGGCAAAACUUGAGCCUCAUUGAACACCGUGGAAUUCACACUGCAACGAAGGUUUAUGAAUGUGGCCAGUGUGGGAAAUCUUUUAGCCAAAGAGCUACCCUUAUCAGACACCAGCGAGUCCACACAGGAGAAAGGCCUUAUGAGUGUGAGGAAUUCGGGAAGGCCUUUGGCUACAAAUCCAAACUUGAUCGGCGUCAGAGAACUCACACUGGGGAAAGGCCACACUGGGGAAAGGCCCUACGAGUGGGCUGA